UUCAAUAAAAUGAAUGUUUUGCUGCUGCUGCUGCUGUUGUUGAUUGUGAACUCUGUUGUCUCUUCGUUGAAUCGACAUCAUAUCGAUAUUGAUUUCAAUGAGGUUCUUCAGGAUGGUAGACCAUUGCCGAGAUUCUGGGUUAGUACCGGAUUAUGUCCACCGGAACCUCGUGAAAACACUGCCACUUUCUUGCUUUCGGACGAUAGCCUGCUGAAUUUGGAAAUAAUUGGAUCCUUACCUAAUGAGGGACUGAAGUAUGUUCGGAUCCACUGGUUGUUAGAGAUGAUACAGUUUUCACACUAUGAUGCCAACAAAUCGCUAUUCUAUGAUUUUUCCAAACUGGACAUGCUGCUUGAUAAGCUGCACGAAUUUGGUUUAUACCCUGGCUUUGAACUUAUGGGAAUUCCGAGCAAUGUCUCGUACGGAAACGAGAAGGAGCAUCGAUUUGCCUAUUUUUGGACAGAUUUGACAAUGCAAAUUGCGGCCCGAUACCUGCAUCGAUAUGGAAUUAAUUAUGUAACCCAUUGGAGAUUUGAAUCGUGGAAUGAACCGGAUCUUAAGGGUUACAACAUGCUGAAUUUCACGACGGAUGAAUACGUCAAUUAUAUCUACUCUCUUCGGCUUGGUUUGGAUGCUGCUGGUCGAUUACUCGGUGAUGUUCGUUUUCCACUCAGGGGUCCAGCCGGACUGUUUCGCAAUGAACAACAUCAUCCAUUUUGCUGGACACUUCUCAAAUUGUGUAAUGAAAGGCCUCAUCGAUGUCCAUUUGAUGUGAUAACUUUUCACAGGAAGGGGCUUGGAGUUAGAGCUAGCGAAAUACUAAAUAGCGAGUUAGAACUGAUGAAACAGAUUUGGGAGAGUUAUCCGAAUUUGGCAUCGUUUAACUUUUCGAAUGAUGAAGCUGAUCCGAUUGUGAGUUGGUCAACUCCAAGAGAAUUUCAAUCAAAUCUGAAAUAUGGUUCCAUGUUGGUAUCAACUGUGCUUCAACAUUGGUCUGCUAUGGCUAAUGGUACUUUUUCGAAUUUGGAAUCGAUUUCUCAUGACAACGGCUUUCUUAGUUAUCAUCCAUUCGAAUUUAACCAGCGAACGUUGCUGGCACGUUUUCAAAUGAAUGCAACGCACCCAAGACAUGUGCAGUAUGUUGUUAAGUCGGUCUACCCUGCUCUUGGUAUGCUUGCCAAUCUUGGACCGUUUGCUUCCGAAACCAUUAAUCUGCUCGGAAAUCUCAGUUACAUAGUAUCCUAUCAGCGAAAACCGUUUUAUUCCUGUAUUCUUUUCUGUUUGUCCAAUGAUACUUUCGAUCCAUUUGUAAAAAGAAUUUCUUUGGAUUUGAACUUGACAUUAUAUAACGAUCAGAACAAGCAUAUAGCUUAUCUAGUGGAAGCGCUUGAAGACGGUGUAAACGACCCAAGUUUGGUGUGGGAAUUUUUCCAAAAGCCAUCGUAUCCAUCAAAAUCACAAUUUGCCGCCAUGCGGUCUGUUCAAUUUCCAAGUAUACUGAAAGGACCAGCAAUCAUUUCCAAUGGAAGUCAGCAGCUUGAGCUUAACUUGCGAGUUCCGUGCAUUUUAGCAGUUCGGCUAUGUAGCAAGGAGAACACAGCGCCACCGCAAGUCACAAAUGUUCGCAUCAGAAAAGUGUUUGCCUUCGAGGUGAUGAUAUUUUGGAGGGACGAGUUAACAGCAGCAAGGUGCAUCGUUGGUUAUGAAGUGUGGUUCAGGACGCACCAAACGCAAUGGACGCAGUUGAAUUUGGGUUUGCAUACACCAUUCCUGUUUUUCCAGUUUGUGUCCAAUGAAACGAUAGGGGUGGAAGGCAUGUAUCGAAUUCGGUCUGUGGAUAUGUUUGGUCGUCUAGGAGCAUUCUCGAAAGUCAAUUAUUAUAAAGGAUGAUUAAAACGGUUACGAUUGAUAUCAAUAAUAGGUUUAAUUAGAUUGAUGUAGCU